AUGGAGACGGCUCGGUGGGGAGAUGAGACUUCCAUGGAUUGUAACCAGUGUUUGAAGCUGGUUAAAUACCAAGAAGCCGGGCUCGGUGGUCCAAGUUGGUUUCGGGAGUCUGCACAAACUUCCCAUGGCUCAAUUCAGAGGGUCGCCUUGGGCCUCGAGGCCUCCGACAAGCCGCUUAUUUGGGUGGUGAGAGGUGUUCGUGGAAAUGAUUCACGAGGCUGUGGGGGGAUUUUUGACGCAUUGCGGCUGGAAUUCUUGCUUGGAGGAGUGAGUGCGGGGAUGCCGAUGAUCACUUGGCCGAUGUACGCCGAGCAGUUUGAUAACGAGAUGUUGAUGGUGGAGGUGUCGAAGGUUGGGGUUGGGGUGAAGGAAUUUGUAUCGGUUGAUAAGGAUAGCAGGGUGAUGGCGCGGGAGGAGAUAGGGAGGGCCGUAGGGAGGAUGGUGGAUGAGGGAGCGAAGGCCGAGGGGGUGAGGAUGAGGGCAUGGGAUCUAGCGGAAAUGGCGAGGAUAGCAGUGGAGGAGGGUGGGUCGUCGAAUUUUGGAAUGGAGGAGCUCAUCCAGGAGUAG